CGCGCACGCAGCUGUAAUUUAUUUUCCGACUUGGAGAACAAGCGCGUGCAAUUAACAGCUGGAUCAUAGAUGGAGGAAAACUUCAUUAAAGAGGGCAUGGAGGAUGUGCAAAGUCUUAACCAGGAUCCUGAUGCAUGUCUCACAGAGUGUUCGUGCUGUAAUGAUGAAGAGCAGCACACAGAACGCACUCGGUUGAAGAUGUGUACAGUGAGACUAGUGGACUACAGGAAAAUACAGGGUCUGAGUGCAACAAUUAUUUCAAAAGGAAAUCUUCCUACUGGAGGUGAAUCCAGCAAGCCAUCACUGCAGGCUCAAGAAGAAGAGGAUUAUUGCCAUAAAUACAAACACAGCAAUUUCAUGUUUUCCAAUGCAUCCAUCAAGCCACCUUGCACUCAAGGGGAUGAAUCUACUGAUGAAGAAAAGCUUAUUAAAAGAGAAAGCUUCAGAAUAGUUACGUUUGUAAAGAGUUCCUUUGCAUUGCAUUGUGCAGGCAAACGUGUUGCUCUUCGUACAGGGCAAAGGGUUUAUCAGUGUAGCCAGUGCAAUAAGAGUUUCAGUGGUUCAUCAGACUUUACAAGACAUCAGAAAACACAUACAAGAGAGCAGCCUCAUCAUUGCACACAAUGUGGAAAAGAGUUUUCGAAAGGAUCCUAUCUGCAAAGGCAUCAGAAAGUGCACUCUAGAUUUAAACCUGAGUGUGGUGAGAUGUUCUCAGUGCACGAGCGAGUGUCUCCUGAAGAAAAGCCCUACAUGUGCACGCAGUGUGGAAAACAAUUCUCAAGCUCAUUAGGUGCUCAGAGACACAAGACAAUUCACAGACAAGAGAAGCCUCAUCGAUGCUCUGAGUGCGGCAAACAGUUUGUGCAUUCAUCAACUUUAAACCAUCACAAGAGAAUACAUACCCAAGAGAAGCGUUUUCAGUGCUCGGAGUGCGGUAAACAGUUCAUACAAUCUUCGUCUCUUAAACAUCACAAGAGAAUACACACUGGGGAAAAGCCGUACAAGUGUUCUCAAUGUGAGAAGGCAUUUCCUCAUUCUUCAGCUCUUAUAGUACACCAAAGGCUACACAGCGGGCAAAAACCUUACCACUGUGAUUUAUGUGGAAAACAGUUUUCACAAUCAACACAUCUGCGCACGCAUCAGAGAGUGCACACCGGAGUAAAGCCUUACAUCUGCUCGCAUUGUGGCAAGUCUUUCAGUCAGUCGUCACAUCUUGGGGUGCACAAGCUGUUGCACACCGGACAGAAACCGUACUGCUGCUCCACCUGUGGCAAAGGAUUCGCAACACCGGGCUACCUUAAGCUGCACCUGAGAAUUCAUACAGGUGAAAAGCCGUACCAGUGUACUGUGUGUGGAUGGUCUUUCACUCAGUCUCACAGCCUCAAAGAGCAUCUGGGAAAACACUGGAGAGAAGCCUUACCGGUGUUUAAGGUUCAGUAGAAUGUUCAGAGAGCUUUUUUAAAUAUCAAACUUGAUGAACGUUAUCUUAGCUGAACUCUCCUGGUCAUGAAGGUCCCACCAGUCACAUACGUCAUGUUUAUGUCUAAAAUUUCAAACAAUGGGAGAAACUGUUAUACUGUAGCACAAAUAAUUAGCAGCAUAAUCUUUUUAGUAAUAAUAUUUUCUCCUAAACCCUAUUUUUCAAAAUACAGUUCUUACAUUUUUAUAAAUUAGUCUAAUCCAUCCAUCCGUUCUCUAUACUGCUUUUCCUGUUGGGUCACGGGAAGAACCCUCGAGUCUAUCUCAGGAGACUCAGGGCACAACACGGGGUACACCCUGGACAGCAUGCCAGGCUAUCACAGGUCACAACCGCACACACACACACUUAGACACCCAUUCACACACUACUGAAAAUUUAGAGAUGCCAGUCAGCCUACAAGGCAUGUCUAGAGACUGUGGGAGAAAACCAGAGUAUCUGGAGGAAACCCCCGAGGCACAGGGAGAACAUCUAAACUUGUGAGACAAGUGUUCAAACAACCGAGCCACUGUGCCACCUAAAUGAGUCUAAUUAUCGUUAUAAAUAUAUAAUAAGGAACCAUGUUAAAUAAUAUGUGUGUUAAAACUUUAUUGAGACUUUUCAGGAAUUUUACUUCCAAAGAAGAAGAAGAAAAGAAGAAAUGUAGCAAGAUAUCCAAGAUGCCUGGAACAACCAAACUGGGUGAUUUUUUCAGAAAGCUGCAUCCGUGUACAUUUUGGUUAGCUAGUUAGUCAUAGCUUAUACUGCUAAUAAUUGUUUAAAGAGCUAGAAUCUUUUGAUUUAAGCUAUUUUUGUUUACUUUACUUUUUGCACAGUCCUGUAUAUGCAAACAAAGUGUCAUGCCAAAGCCAGAUGUCUAGAUAUAUCUGAAAAAAUGUUUAAAAUAUCACA